AAAAUGGCCGGUAGCGAGUGUUGAUCGGUUAUAUUGAAAUCAGUAUAAAAUUUGAUCAAUCGUUUAUAUUAAAAUCAGUGUAAGAUUUAUUAUAAUGAAAUUAAUUUGUGAUUAAAAUGAACGUUUCUUCUGUGACAAAACAAAUUUCGUAAUGGUGAUGAACUUUAUAUAUUUAAAAGUUUAGAAACAUCAGUAUGGCAAGUCCUUCGCCACAAUCAUCUCCUAUGCCUCCACCGCAAGCACCAAGUCCUAUGGGCCCUCCUCAGCAGGCACCAUCACCUUCUAACCCUCAAGGUAGCCCUAUGGGUCCACCGCAGCACCAUCCUCAUAGUCCAACACAAGCCUAUCAAACUGGUCCACCAAUGCCACCUGGAGGUCCACCUAUGUCUCAAUCAACUCAACAACCUCCACCACAACAGCAGAAUUAUCCAUCACAUCCGCAACAAAUGCAAUCUGCUAUGGGCCCACAGAAUCAAAGUGGGCCUGGUUUGCCAGUCAGUCAAAAUUCUAAUUCUCAGCAAGCUCCAGGACCUAUGGUACCAGGCCAAAUGGGACCGAAUGGAUCUCACAUGAUGCAGUCUGGUCCACAUCAAAUGAAUACAAAUGGACCGGGACAAAUUAGUGCUGGAGGAUCUGGUCAAAUAGGUCCGGUAGGUCCAAGCCUAGGUCCAGGAGGUCCUGGUCAAAUGGGGCCAGGGGGGCCAGGACCAAUUGGACCAAGUCAUAUGGGACAAGCUGGAGGACCACCAGGAGGUCCUCAUAUGAAUCAGACUCCUCCGCAAAUGGGUCCAGGAAAUGGACCUGUGCCACAAAUAGUUUCUGGAGGACCUUCGCAAAUGGUACCAGGAGGACCGGGACAUAUGAGUGGUCCGCCAGGAGCUGGCCAUAUGAAUUCAAACGGACCGCCAGGACCAAGUCAUAUAAAUGCAACCGGAUCAUCAGGACCAGCACAUAUGAGUUCAGCUGGUCCACCUGGACAAGGACAUUUGAAUAAUAACGGUCCACAAGGAUCAGGACAUGUUAACACAAGUGGUCCAACAGGAUCUGGGCAUAUAAAUACGGGACCACCAGGUUCAACUCACAUGAAUACUGCUGGUCCGCCUGGAAGUCAUUUAAAUAGUGGAUCACCCAUGCCAAGUCAUAUGAAUGCAAAUGGUCCACCAGGAACUGGACAUAUGAGUGGACCAGGAAAUCAUUUAGGUCCUGGAGGACCAGGUCAAAUGCCUCCAGGUGGAUCUACUACACACAACUUGGGACCGGGAGCACCAAAUCAAAUAGGUCCUGGAGUUCAAAAUCAAAUGGUCCCUAGUAAUCAAGCUCCUAUGGGUCCUAGUCCCAUGGGUUCCGUAGGGCAAGGAGGACAAAUUGGACCAAAUGGGCCUGGACAAAUGGGGCAUAAUGGACCGUCACCAAUGGGUCCAAAUGGUUCUGGACAAAUAAACAUGGGAACUGCCUCGUCGCCAAUGGGAAUGGGAGGACCUGGAAGUCAGUUAGGUCCAGGAGGACCAGGUGGCCAAAUGGUUCCGGGUAGUGGACCUGGAGGUCAAUUAGGACCAAAUAAUCUCGGACAAAUGGGACCGGGUAAUGGUCCUGGAGGACAAAUGCCUCCAGGUAAUGGACCUGGAGGACCUAUGGGUCCUGGUGGUGGUCCUAAUGCACAAAUGAUAUCGAGUAGUGGACCUGGAGGUCAAUUAGGGCCAGGAAAUAGUCCUGGAGGACAAAUAGGACCAGGAACUGCUAGUGGAAAUCAAAUAGGAUCUGGAAAUACUUCUGGAAAUCCGAUGACGCCAGGAAGUGGACCUAGUGGACAAAUAGGUCCAGGAAAUGGACCAGGAGGUCAAAUGGGCCCAGGAAGUGGACCUAGUACUCAAAUGGGAUCAGGUAUUUUGCCUGGAGGACAAAUGGGUCCAGGAAAUAGUUCGAAUAAUCAAAUGGGGCCUGGAAGUGGCCCAGGUGGACAAAUAGGGCCUAAUGGUCCUGGGGGGCAAAUGGUUGUAGGUGUUCCAGGGGUGCAAAUACCACCAAGUGGUCCUGGAAACCAAAUGGGACCUGGUGGUCCUGGUAAUCAAAUGGGACCUGCUGGUCCUGGUAAUCAAAUAGGACCAGGUGGACCAAAUAAUCAGCUAAGUCAUAGUGGCACGAGCAAUCAAAUGGGACCAACUGGACAAUCAGCUUCUGGUCAAAUUGGUUCACAAAGUCAACAAAUUGUGCCUGGAAAUCCAGUACCAAUCGGACCUGGCGCACCCGUAAAUCAAAUGAGUCAAACUGGUCCUGGUCAAAUUGGUCCUACUGGACCUGGAGGUCCACCUGGUGCAGGACAAGAGAACUUGAAUGCUUUACAGAAAGCUAUUGAUUCUAUGGAAGAAAAGGGACUUCAAGAAGAUCCGCGCUAUUCUCAGCUACUGGCUUUACGAGCUCGCCAAGGUAGCAUGGGAGAGAAACAAGCUUUUAGUUCACAACAAUUACAGCAAUUACGUGUACAGAUAAUGGCAUAUCGAUUAUUAGCACGAAAUCAACCGUUAUCUCAACAACUCGCACUUGCUGUUCAAGGUGGAGCACCUCCUCCUCCAGGUAUGGGACAGCGUACUCCUAUAGAUCCAUCUCAAGGACCUCCUACUACUACAGGUCCACAAAUCUCUGGACCGAACGUAAUUGGUCCUGCAGUUCCUCCACGACCAGGUUGUCAAACACCACAACAACAACAACAACCUCCUCAACCAGGUGCAAAAACUAACAGAGUGACAAGUGUGGCAAAACCUGCUGGUCUAGAUCCGCUAUUAGUUCUGCAAGAACGUGAAAAUAGAGUUGCAGCACGCAUAGCGUUACGGAUGGAACAAUUGAGUAAUUUACCAACCAAUAUGCCAGAAGAUCUUCGUAUCCAAGCACAAAUUGAAUUGCGAAUGCUUAGGGUGUUGAAUUUCCAAAGACAACUACGAUCAGAGAUUUUAGCGUGCACUCGAAAAGAUACUACUUUAGAAACUGCAGUGAAUGUAAAAGCUUAUAAGCGUACGAAAAGACAAGGUCUUCGUGAAGCUAGAGCUACCGAGAAACUUGAAAAGCAACAAAAGUUAGAAGCUGAACGUAAACGCAGACAAAAACAUCAAGAAUUUCUUAGUUCUGUACUUCAACAUGGCAAAGAUUUCAAAGAAUUUCAUCGAAAUAAUGUGGCUAAAUUGGCUAGACUCAACAAAGCUGUUCUCAAUUAUCAUGCAAAUGCUGAAAGAGAACAAAAGAAAGAGCAGGAACGUAUUGAAAAAGAACGUAUGAGACGUCUCAUGGCAGAAGACGAAGAAGGUUAUAGAAAGCUGAUUGAUCAAAAGAAAGAUAAACGGUUAGCGUUCCUGUUGUCACAGACAGAUGAAUAUAUCAGUAACCUUACCGAAAUGGUAAAACAACAUAAAAUAGAACAAAAAAGAAAGCAAGUAGAAGAACAAAAACGGAAAAAGAAAAAAAAGAAGCUACAAGAUGGUGAAGGAGGCGAAGAUGGAAAUGCUAAUGAGGAUACUCGUGUUGGAGUAAUUGAAACAGCUACUGGUCGCACAUUGACUGGUGAAGAAGCUCCUUUAAUGAGUCAACUUUCAACAUUUUUGGAAUCUCAUCCAGGUUGGGAACCAAUCGAAUCAGAAAGUGAAGACGAUGAAGAUGAAGAAGAAGAAGAAAAUGAAGGUGAAGAAAAGGGAGAACAUAAAGAAAAAUCUACCGGUGAUUCAGAAGAAGAAAAGGUUAAAAAAACAAUACAUAAAGCCAAAGUAGAAGAUGAUGAAUAUAAAACUGAAGAACAGACAUAUUACAGUAUUGCACAUACUGUACAUGAAGUAGUAACAGAACAGGCAUCUAUAAUGGUCAAUGGAAAAUUGAAAGAAUAUCAAAUAAAGGGUUUGGAGUGGUUAGUUUCAUUAUUUAACAAUAAUCUUAACGGUAUACUUGCGGAUGAAAUGGGUCUUGGUAAAACUAUUCAAACAAUAGCUUUGGUGACUUAUCUUAUGGAGAAGAAAAAAGUGAAUGGGCCAUUUCUUAUAAUUGUUCCUUUAUCAACACUGUCAAAUUGGGUAUUGGAAUUUGAAAAGUGGGCUCCCAGUGUGGUAGUUGUAUCUUAUAAAGGUUCACCAGCUGGUAGAAGAGCUAUUCAAUCUCAAAUGAGAGCUACUAAAUUCAAUGUUUUGCUUACUACGUACGAAUAUGUUAUUAAAGACAAAGGCGUUUUAGCAAAGUUACAGUGGAAAUAUAUGAUUAUUGAUGAAGGUCAUAGAAUGAAAAAUCACCAUUGUAAAUUAACUCAAGUGUUAAAUACCCAUUAUUUGGCUCCUCAUCGACUUUUAUUGACAGGAACACCAUUACAAAAUAAAUUACCUGAAUUGUGGGCGUUACUAAAUUUCUUACUUCCUUCAAUCUUCAAAUCUUGUAGUACUUUUGAGCAAUGGUUUAAUGCUCCAUUUGCAACUACUGGUGAAAAGGUCGAACUAAAUGAAGAGGAAACUAUUCUUAUUAUUCGUCGAUUGCAUAAAGUAUUACGACCUUUCUUGUUGAGACGUUUAAAGAAAGAGGUUGAGUCACAAUUACCUGACAAAGUGGAAUAUAUUAUCAAAUGUGAUAUGUCUGGACUACAAAAGGUUCUUUAUAAACAUAUGCAAAGUAAAGGUGUAUUGUUAACUGAUGGUUCUGAAAAGGGAAAACAAGGUAAAGGAGGUGCCAAAGCUUUGAUGAACACCAUUGUGCAAUUGAGAAAAUUGUGCAAUCAUCCAUUCAUGUUUCAAGCUAUUGAAGAAAAAUAUUGCGAGCAUGUAGGCACGCAAGGAUCUGGUGUCAUUACUGGUCCCGAUUUGUACCGUGCAUCUGGAAAAUUUGAACUAUUAGAUCGGAUUCUUCCGAAAUUGAAAGCAACAAAUCACAGAGUACUAUUAUUCUGUCAAAUGACACAGUUAAUGACAAUUAUGGAAGAUUAUUUGAGUUGGAGAGGUUUUAUGUAUUUACGGUUAGACGGUACUACAAAAGCUGAAGAUCGAGGAGACUUACUGAAAAAAUUCAACGAUCCUGGUUCCGAAUAUUUCUUAUUUUUAUUAUCAACGCGUGCUGGUGGUCUUGGAUUAAAUUUGCAAGCUGCAGAUACCGUUAUUAUUUUUGAUUCCGAUUGGAAUCCGCAUCAAGACCUACAAGCGCAAGAUAGAGCACACAGAAUUGGUCAAAAAAAUGAAGUACGCGUACUUAGGUUGAUGACAGUUAAUUCUGUUGAAGAAAGAAUAUUAGCUGCUGCCAGAUAUAAGUUGAACAUGGAUGAAAAAGUUAUACAAGCCGGAAUGUUCGAUCAGAAAUCCACUGGCUCUGAACGACAACAAUUUUUGCAAAGUAUUUUACAUCAAGAUGAUGCUGAAGAUGAGGAAGAAAAUGAAGUACCAGAUGAUGAAACAGUUAAUCAAAUGAUUGCACGAACAGAAGGUGAAUUUGAAAUAUUUCAGAAACUAGAUUUAGAACGAAGAAGAGAAGAAGCGAAAUUGGGACCAAAUAGAAAAUCUCGAUUAUUAGAGGAAGCUGAGUUACCCGAUUGGUUGGUUAAAGAUGAUGAUGAAGUUGAAAGAUGGACGUAUGAAGAAGAUGAAGAUAGAUUCCUUGGACGGGGUUCAAGACAACGAAAAGAAGUUGAUUAUACUGAUAGUUUGACUGAAAAAGAAUGGCUUAAAGCAAUCGAUGAUGAUGGAGCUGAAUAUGAAGAAGAAGAGGAAGACGACAAAAAGAAAAAGAAAACACGAAAACGAAAGAAAAAAGGUGAAGAAGAUGACGAACCCAUGCCCAAGAAACGAAGAGGAACAGGGUCAUCAAUUGAUCCAAAAAUGAAAAGAGCUAUGAAAAAGUUGCUAAUGGUGGUUGUUAAUUACACUGAUAGUACAGAUGGCAGGCUCCUUAGCGAACCAUUUAUGAAAUUGCCAUCUAGAAGAGAAUUACCAGAUUAUUAUGAAAUUAUUAAAAAACCAUUAACUAUUAAUAAAUUACUUCAAAAGAUUGAGGAAGGAAAGUAUGCCGACUUUGAUGACCUUGAGAAGGAUUUCAUGCAGCUUUGUAAAAACGCGCAAAUUUAUAAUGAAGAAGCUUCUCUCAUACACGAAGAUUCUAUUGUUCUACAAUCUGUUUUUACAAAUGCACGUCAACGUAUCGAAGAGGAAGGCAAUAACUCUGACAUGGAUGAUAAAGGUGAAGGUGAAGAAGGAUCAGAUGCAGAUUCUAGUGUUAGAAUGAAAAUCAAAUUAAAAGGAAGAAAAGGUGAAGGUAGAGGAGGUCGGAGGAAAAGAGUCACUAAAAAAUAUAUAUCAGAUGAUGACGAUGAUGCUGACGAUAACUGAAGAUUAUAUGAAGACUGUAUGAAUUUUUAGAUUUAUCUUAGAUAAUAAUUCAGUUACUUCGGAUUAUUAUCCUAUGCAACCGUUAUCAAGUAGUUCAACUAUAUGAGAUUUUAUAAAAACUAUAAUCAAGUAUUAUAAUUUUUUGAUUAUAAGACAGAAGUACUAUUAAUAAUUAAGUUAUAAAUCUUUUCAAAUUGUCGCUGUUAAAAAUAGCAUCUUGACGUCCAUAUUAAAUUGAAUUCUACAUGAAGUAGCUACAUAAAGUAACUAUAUAAAUUAGAUACGUAUAAAAGGUACAAGUGAUACAGUGAAAUUGUAAAAUCUUUUAGUGCUUAAAAUGUACGAUUUUUGACGCUUUUUAACACAAUUUUUUCAACUUAGUACUCUUAAAAAUAAUUGUUUUAUUGUAAGGAAGAAUUAAUAUAACUCGGUUUUAUGACUCAUCUGUGAAUUACUAACAAUAAAAAAAAUUGAUUUCAAAAAAAUAUCGCAAGUGCCUACGUAUAUUUGAAAUAUUUCCAGCUAUGACUUAUUCAGUUGAUAAUUUUAUUUAAUUGUUCGCUGAAAAAUUAUAAACUUUAACAGAUUUUACAACCUCAUUAUAUUGUUUCUCCCUAUAAUAAUCUCAUACUUUAUUCAAAAUAAAUAUAUGUAUUUACAUGUAACUUGUAUAAUAUGCAGUAAGCGUAUUUUUUUAUAAUUUAGCGUUACGUAUUAAUACGUAAUUUUAUUUGAAUUUUAAAGUAAACUGUAUAAAUUCAAACGCAUUCUUUUUUUAGAUGAAUAAAUUCUUUAUUCAUGAAUUAAACUAUUGAAAUGUUAAAAAAAUGUUAGUUGGUAUUACAGUAUUUGGAAAGCAAAAUUUUUAGUUCAAAUUUAUUAUUUUGUAGAUAUUUUGCAUCGUUGGAACCAAAAAUCAAAGUUAUUUUUCACAAAAAUAUUAUGUAACACUUGAAAAUUAUAAUGAAAUUUAAUUAUACCUAAAAUGCAAUGUUGAUUUGUAAAAGAAUCAUUUAUCAUCACUUGAUAGCAACAUCAUUAUUAAUACUUUGAGUGCCGAAAGUUUGUAUUUAUAAAUAUAUUUCAUUGAUAUAAUAAAAAAUAUAUAUUUAUUAUCUACAAAUUAAGACUUCAUUAUUUAAAUUCAAUAUGUUUAUAAAUAAGUAACAAAAAGUAAGUAAGUACGAAAAUUGUUCCUAUUUGAAUAAAUAAUUUCGUCUCCCAGAGAGAGAGAGAGAGAGAGACAGGGUCUCUGCGGUAAAUUGUGCGUCUCCCAUUUCUGGGAGACGUAGCACUCAAAGUGUUAAUAUUAUUGAGUAAUAUUUUGAUAAAUAUGUACACAUAUAAUAAUUCCAAAAAUUUUGCCAUUGAAUGUUUAUCUUUCAAUGCAUUUUGAAGUAAGAUAAAAAUACAUAUUAAUUAUUUUACUUCUCAAUAUUUAAAUAUAAAUUAUUAUUCUUAAUGUAUAACAUAUAUAGAAAGCAAUUUGUUUAAUUGACUGUAAUGUUUCAUUGGUAUAAGUUCCAUCAUUUAUAGAAUGCUGUAGUGUUAGGAAAAGGCAAUUUAUUUCAUUUUUUUAUUACACGAAGACUUUAUCUUAUAUGUAAUGUAAGUAAAUAAACAUUGGAAAACUAAUAACAAUAAUGAUUCAUAUAUUUGUGCUUCAGCUAUAUCUAUGCUUAUACCUAAUAGGAAAAUCCAUACUAUGAUAUAUAGAAAGCUUAUUAUAUGAGUUAUAAUUAUUAUUUAAUGAUUAUCAACUAACAGUGCUUAGUUAUAGCGAUUUCUGUUUGAUUGAUUACAGCUCCAUAUAUUUGCUAACACAGUACCUUGAUCUGAGCUAUAAUUAUUGGUAUGAUAAAUAAACUUUUUCUUCCAUA